UAAAUACAUACACUAAUAUCAUGGCAAGGAUGAAGUGCAGUUUUUAAUUAUAGCUGAAAGAUCUGCAUUAAUUUGGCAAUUACUAACCAGAUAUGUUAACAAUUUGCUAGUUUAUUUUAAUAAGAAAAGAUAAUUUGAAAAAAAAACUUCUCUGAAUAAGUUAAUAGAGGAAAAUGUAUUUCAUUUUCUUCCAUUGAUGUGUAGCUCACAAAACUUUGAGGCUUUUCCAAAAGGAAAGAAGGCAAAGAGCAAAUACUGUAGCCAUGGCUCACAUACAUUCACUGUGUUUUUCUUUGUUUCUCCAGCUAAAACAGUCUACAGCAGAGAAAAAAAAAAAUUAAGAAUAAAGCAAAACUAGAAGGAAUCCUAGGAAUGCUGACUGCCGCAUGAUGUUAAUUUUUCUCAGGGAUAAAGCAUCCUCAGGUGCAAACACCCUGACUGCAGAUGACCAUGGACCUGUAGCUGACCAAACAAAGUUGGAGCCAGCAGAACAUGUGAGCCUUGCCUCUGAGGAGCCCAACCCAGGCGAGCGGCUGCCAGGAGAGGAGACUUCAGCCACGAUCCUGAACGUGGAGGGGAAGACAGAGUCGGUCAGUAAAAGGGAGGAGCCAGAGGGCACCGAGCCCCUGCCUGCAGGAGAGGAGGAGAGCUCUGAGCUGCCCUCUGUGUGGCGAGAGGAGAGCAGGGGGCCUUCACCUCCAGCACCAGGAGAAGAUGCUGGGGCACCACCUCCAGAACCAGCAGAGGACAGUGGGCUGGUAGAGGGCAGUGACAGCUCUGUAGUGGAAGUCGUCGAGAAAGUACAUAUUACUGAAGAGGACCACCUCAUUGAGGGUGAGACGGGAGAACAGGUGGAAACUGAGCUGCUCAGUGAGACAGUAGGUGAAGGGCCUGAAACAAAAGAAGAAACAGGAGAAGCUGUGGAUAGUGCAGCAGCGACAGAGAUAGGCUUGUCUUUGUAA